GUCGAGAGGCGUCCGACUUUUGAGCCGUUCUAGCCACACACCCAUUAUCGGAUUUCUUCUGUGUCUCUCCGUGUGUCUCUCUGUAAGCACAACGAAUCACGCCGCGAAGCGCCGUCGUCUCGUCGAAAGGCGUCGACCUUGGGGCCGUUUUAGCCCGCACCCGUUUCUUGGAAUUUUUUUUUGCCAAUGGCGGCGGUGGCCGAGGCGAAGGGUCGAGACGGUCCCGACUUCUCCGCGCUGCCCGAAGGUUGCGUCGCGUGCAUCCUCUCCUUCACGAGCCCCCACGACGCGUGCAGGCUCGCGCCCGUCUCGUCGGUCUUCAGGUCGGCGUGCGAUUCCGACGCGGUCUGGGCCUCGUUCUUACCGCCGGAGUACCGCUCGAUGGUCCGCCGGAGCGCUCCGUCGCUGAAGGAGCUCUUCUUCAGCCUCUGCGACGACCCGGUUAUCGUGGGCGACGGCAAAAUGAGCUUUUCGCUGGACAGGCACAGUGGCAAGAAAUGUAUCAUGCUAUCUGCAAGGGCCCUGUCUAUAACAUGGGGUGAUACUCCGAGGUACUGGUCUUGGAAUCGCAUACCCGACUCCAGGUUUGCAGAAGUUGCUGAACUCAUCAGUGUAUGUUGGCUCGAAAUCAGAGGCACGAUUAGUUCUCGAAUGCUGUCGCCUGGAACCCGUUAUGCAGCAUACUUGGUAUUCAAAUCCACCCCGGCAUCUUAUGGAUUUGAAUUCCAGUCUGUUGAGGUUGGAGCUGGAUUUGCUGGUGAUGAAGCGGGCAAGCGUGAGCGCUCUGUUUAUUUAUCCAGAGAGAACAACACGCGUGGACCGCAGCCCAGGCGGAGAUUUGGGCGCAUUGGUUUCCAUGCUUUACUUACUCCUUUUGAAUUGGUCAACGAGGAUUGUGAUGGGGGGUCGCCGACACCUUCACCUGCCGACGCGAAUGGGGACUAUCCUAAAGAGAGACGAGAUGGGUGGUCAGAGAUAGAGUUGGGUGAGUUCUUCACGAAGGAUGGAGAAGACGGGGAGGUGGAGAUGAGUGUCCUGGAGACGAAGGGCGGCAACUGGAAGGCUGGGCUGGUUGUGGAAGGGAUCGAAAUUAGGCCCAAGGAUGACAAAUAAAGGUGCCUUUAUGCGGGGCAUGUGUAAAUUUGUAUGUUCUUUCUGUUUUGCUGAGCAAAACAGAGAAGGAUGACAAAUAAAAGUGCCUUU